AUGUUGUCCCUGAUGCUGGAUGAGGGGAGCUCAUGCCCAACAGCAGCCAAAUUCAGUGCCUGCCCCCUACCUGGUGCCCUCCUUCAGGAUCCCUACUUUAUCCAGUCGCCCCUCCCAGAGACCACCUUGGGCCUCACCAGCUCUCACAGGGCCAGGGGCCCUAUCAUUUCUGACAUCCAUGAAGACUCUCCAUCCCCUGAUGGGACCAGGUUUUCUCCUUCCAGUGGUGGCAGGAGGGAGAAGGGCCUGGCACUGCUCAAAGAAGAGCCGGCCAGUCCAGGGGGGGAAGGCGAGGCCGGGCUGGCCCUGGCCCCAAACGAGUGUGACUUCUGCGUGACAGCACCCCCACCGCUGCCUGUGGCUGUGGUGCAGGCCAUCCUGGAAGGGAAAGGGAGCUUCAGCCCUGACGGGCCCAGGAAUGCCCAACAGCCUGAACCAAGAGGUCCCAGGGAGGUACCUGACAGGGGAACUCUGGGCCUGGACAGGGGCAUGCGGAGCCCAGAGAAUCUUCUGCCUCCCAUGCUGCUUCGGGCCCCCCCUGAAAGUGUGGAGCCUGCGGGGCCCCUGGAUGUGCUAGGCCCCAGCCACCAAGGGCGAGAAUGGACCCUGAUGGACUUGGACAUGGAGCUGUCCCUGAUGCAGCCAUUGGUUCCAGAGAGGAGUGAGAAUGAGCUGGCAGUCAAGGGGUUAAAUUCUCCAGGGCCAGGGAAAGACUCCACACUUGGGGCACCACUCCUGCUGGAUGUCCAAGCGGCUUUGGGAAGCCCAGCUCUCGGCCUUCCUGGAGCUUUAACGAUUUACAGCGCCCCUGAGAGCCGAGCCUCCUACCUGGGCCCAGGGGCCAAUCCCUCCCCCUGA